AUGAGUUUCUUCAAAAAAAUCUAUAGUACAUUCAGCGGCAAAAAUAAUACGUUAUCUGAACCGGUUAAAUUAAUUGGUCAUAUUUUUGAUGAACACAGUGAGGGUAUACCAUUCUAUGAUUUUGUCUUAACACGUUUCGAAAACUUUGAUCAAACGAAUCAAGACCAAGAAAAUAAAACAUUUACAAAUGAUUUUGAUUUUAUUGUUGAAUGCAUUAUGACUAGCUUAACAACGGUCGAAUUAUCGAAAAAAUUCCCAGGCCGGAUUGAUGCAUAUCUAUAUAUGUUUCGUCGAAUCGCCGAGUAUUUGAUAAUUGUUAAAAGAGCAACGACUUGGACACGCAGCCAUGAAGCAAAUGUUAAAGCUUUGAAGGAAAAAAUAUAUGAAUUAUUAUCGAAAGUUUUCAUUGACAAUAAAGGUUUACAACCAAAUCUUUCAAUGACAGACAAAGAUCAAUUAAGAAAAAUGAAUGUUUUGCAACAUUUAGAGUUAAUAACGAAAAUUGAUGCACAAACAUUACCUUUAUUUUUUGCUUUCAUUAAAUUAUCAUUUCAAGCAUCUCUUGCACUCGGCGAGAAUCUACAAUGGAAACGAAUCAUAUCCAAUGUGCAAGAUUAUGAAAUUCCUUUGCAAGAGUUUGUGUCGAAGUAUAUUGACUCUGAAUUAGCAUUUCGACAAUUUCCACUUGAUUUACCUGGAUUUAUUGAACUUAUUAACAAAAAGUCUAUACCAAAAAAUUCAUCUGACUCACCAUUCAAUAUUUUCAUACGUCUCUGUAAAUCAUUAAAUUUGAAGAUAGAUGAGUUCUUUUGGCAAUUUCGACCCAUUUUUGAAAAUGGUUUAAGACAAAAGUCUUUUACAUUUCCACAUAUUAGUAGUUUCUUGUGUAUGCUUGGUGGUCAAGAAAUGUUUUUUGAUCAAUACUUGUCGAGUUAUGCAGCCAGUGUCGAUCUCGAUGAUUUAUGGACAACGUUUCUUCGAAUUGCAACAGAACGUGAAAUGAAUGCUAUUAUUCAAAAGCAUCUCGGAUCCAAACUCAUGAACCGUACGAUGAAUACAUCUAUCUCUAACUUUAAACGUUACACAAAACUGGUAAUAGAAUGUAAAUUAAAGGUCAAAGAAGAGCAUCGUUCACGCUUUUUGGAAAUAUAUGAAAAAGUAUUUCAUGGGUUUAUAAACAAACAACUCACCGAUGAACAAUAUUCGUAUAAAUACUGUAAACAAGAUCUUGAACAAUUUUUAUUUGUUGGUCUUGAAUUAUCAACAACACAUGAUUUACAACAGCCAUCUUUCUUACUCAUUCUUCAUCGUUUAUUAUUCCGAAUGUACACUCAAGUAUCGAAUAGAGUUGACAAGAUUCAAAGACUGUUUCGAAACCUAAGUGAUUUCGAUCAAGAUCUCUGUGAGAAAAAUGAUCCGAUAUCCAUCAUUAAAGACGAAUGGUUAGAAGAAUUUCUGCUGCGCAUUCCUGACGAUUUCUUACUUGAUAUAAAAUCGUACACUUAUAAACCUUUAUGUGAUAGCCAUCAUAACAAUCGCUGGACAAUUUAUGUGUGGAAAAGGAUAAUACGUUUAAGUAUUCUUCGAUCAAAACAGGACAAUGUAAGUGACACACUGAAUAAAUUAAACGAGUGGAUGAAAGUAGUUCAGCAUAAUGUUUAUAACAAAUCGGAUACAUUAACAAUCCUUUUAGUUAUUAAUUUAUUUGAAAUGCUUAUUGUUAAAUACACUAAAUCAGUGUUAUCUCUUCCAAACAUUGAAGUCAUACUCAAUUUCGUUGAAAAUAUUCGACAAGAAGAAAUGUAUGAAAUCGAUACAAAACAGUUGGAUGAGUUUAUGACAAGUGGACUGAAAUCAAUCGAAAAUCUUUUACUUUUAAAAGGAUCAUGUUCAACGUAUCGUGUUUUACACAAUUCGACAAUUGCUUACUUUUUCCUUCCUAAAAUAGAUAUUCAACAAAUAUUAACUGAUGUUAAUCCACAGCAAUACAAAUUUCCUUCGUUGCCACGAAAAACUGAACUGUUUAUUUCAUCUAUCCCCAAAGACAUCAGCACCACAUUAACUGAAUCGAAAGAAGAAUAUUUUAAAAGAUUUCUUGAACAAGUGAAUGAAUGGUUACAAUGGUUUGAUAGAUUUCUUACAAUUUCCUUAUAUAUUAUUGAAUGGCUUAAGAAUUUGAAUGUUGAUGGAGCUGCUCAAUUACUUCGAGAUAUUCAUAAUGCCAAAGAUAAUUCCUCAACAACCGUUAUCCAAAUGAAAACAAUCGUUGAACGAAUUUUAAAACUUUUUCAACCAUUUAACGAUCUUCAACGACUUUGUCAUUUAUUUAAUUGUUUAACUUCAUUUCAAAUGAUUGAUGGCGGUGAAUUAAAUACUCGUAUGGAUUCAGCGAAUUACAUUCGUGAUUUAAAACGACUACAACCUAAUAGUUCGUUUCAUAUACCUGCAAAGACAAUAAUCUCAAAGUCGUUUCCUAUUCAAGAUCGUCAACAUGUUCAAUGGUCAAUAGCCAGUGAUAAAUUUCCAUGCGAUAUUGAAAUUCAAUAUAGCUUAGCAGAAGUACAAGGUGACAUCAAAUUGUUAUAUAAGAAGAAGAAGAAGAACGUCGCUGUUGAAAAACAUGUUUUACAAGGAGAAUUUGAAACACAACGAGCUGGUCAAUUGACCAUAACAAUUGACAAUGAAAAGCUUCAUAAUCCGCGAACUGUUUGGUAUCGAAUUAUUCAAACUUCACUGUCAACGUGUCAUUUAUUCAAUGGAAUAUUCAAUAUGUUUUCCCAAAAAUAUCACAAGCGAUUCGCUGGAUCAAUUAAAGAAAAAGAAAUAGCCGAGUUACUUGACAAAGUUUUCCAAUUUAUCGAUAGUGUUCUUGAUGGAAGUGUUAGUCUGAGAGAUAUGACCGAUUUGAAAUUAGUAUUCUGCGAUAAGAAUAUUCAUAUUCGAGAAGAAGUUCAAAAACUUUUUAUGAAUCGUUCAUCGAACAAUGGUACAAAUCGACAACGUUCAUCAACAGUUAUUGUAGCCAAUCCAACAGAUAAGGAAAUUGAACAAGUUUGUGAAUGGCUUCAAAUUUUUCAGUAUUACAGUCAUAUUAAUAUUAUUCUUAAUUGUAUCGAACAAUUUGAUAUCCUAUCAGCUGAUGAUGACGAUGAUUUUAUUAAUCAUUUAAAACGUUUGCGUGAUGAAAAUUGUUCACUGAAAGAAAUAACUCAGGCGUACAAUACCUUAAAGAAACAAUUUCAAAAUCUUCAAGGUCAACAUUUGCAACUAAUUAAAACUGCAUCUGAAUGUACAUUGAUUAUUGGAAUUAUGAAAAAAUCCGAUUUAUAUUCAGCACAUGGACGCCGACGAUUUCAAGAAUUACGAGACAAUUUAACAACUCAAUUUCAACUUCAAGAACGUAAUAAUAUGAUAUUAAAUUCUUGGAUUAUCGCUUAUGCUCUCUGCGAACCAUUUGUCCUUAAAGCGAAUAAUUUCGAUGAAUUUGUUGAUCGUAUUGCAAAAUUAUCGAAUUUUGAAGAACAUUCGGUGAAACAUAUUCAAAUUGUUAAUGAAAAUGCACAAAUGAUCAAAAUGUGGUUAUCAGCCGAGGAAACAACAGUGUUAGAUAAUGCUUUAAUAACAAUGGAACAUUUAUAUCGAACUGGAUCAGUCAAAAUAUGUCUCCGUCGUUUACUCAACGAAGAAUCUUUUUUCGAAAUUGGAUAUUCGAUUAAAAAGCUUGCAAAUGAAAAUGAAGAUGAAGAUGAACAAAGAUCAGACGUUUUGAAGUUUACCUUAACAAAAAGUGAUAUCGACGAUCACAAACGUCAGUUAACAUUUUGUAAUGUUGAUCUUCAAGAAAAUAUGCUUCACAAAAAGAUUUUACUGACUGAACAAUUAAAUUUAUUACGAACUGUUGAAGAUAUUUACAACAUUUUUUGUAAAUUAGAAACAGCGGGUCAUCCAGAAUAUCAACUAAGAGAAGAGAACUAUGAUAUUCAUGAUCGAACAGAUGAAAUAGAUCAUUUAUUAUCGGAUUUACGGAAUGAUCACCAAAUUCGAGAAAAUCGAUUAAAACGCGCUGCUGAAACACUUACCAAAAAUUUAGAUUUGAUUCAUCGUUCAUUACAAGCCAAUUACGACAUGUGGAUUCAUAAUUUAGAGCGAUACAGACAAGAUCAUCAUCUAUUGUACUUGUUUUCGAAUCGACAAAUAAUGAUUCUCAUCAUUCUUUUAACAAGAUCAACAACACAAAAUCAAGUUAAAUGUCAAUUUUUAGAGAAAGUAUGUCUUUCUGAAGACAUCUUUCGUCAUAGAGAUAAUGAAAUGAAAUUAACUAUUCAAUGUUUGAUUCAUUAUUUACGUUCGUUAAAACUCAACGAUUGUGAUUUGUCCGAAAUGAAUAUCACACAUCACUAUGAAACUCAUCGAAUCGAACCAAAUUCCAAUGCAGAAACAGCUUUAAAGAAAUUAUCUCAAUUCUUAAGUGAAAUUUUCAACAAUGGGCGAGAAUUAUUUCAAAGAAAUCAUGGAAAUAAUGAAAAUCAACAGUAUCUUGUUACAAUAAAUUCGACACAACACAAUCGGAUUGAAAAGACACCUAUUGAACAUAAUCUCGAUUUGGAUACUUGUUGUGUUCUCUUAAAUCUUUUUCAAGAUCGUUUACCAUCCGCUUAUCAAAUCUUAUGGUGUUCAACUGCCAAUGAAGAUGAUAUUCGAUUGUUUUUCUUACGUAUACGAACAUUUCGUUAUUUGACAUUUGUUGUUAUGAAUAUUGAUCAAAUGCAUCAUCGUCUUCGUGAAAUUCUUUUGAACGAACAAGAUGAAUUAACAAAACAAGAGCAAACACAUGGAACUGUUUAUUAUUUUUCAAAUGAAUUGACAACAAGUCGAAAAGGAUUAAGAUUCUUUCAUAUUCCACCAAAGUUUCGUCAACCACAUCAUACACAUUCACAAAUAACACGACUGUUUGAGCAAAAUAACUGGAUUCAACCACAAAUUCAAAUCAUCUGCGGAGUCGCUGGAAUUGGAAAAACCCAUCUGAUUAAUACAAAAUACAAAACUCCUGAAACAUCUUGUUUCAGUAUCAAUGAUACAUUAAAUUUAUCCAUGUUAAUCACUUCAUUUCUUUCCUAUGACGCAAAGUUACUAAAUACUGAUCCGUGUGUUUCAUUCAACAUAUCAAUUCAUGCGCCAUUUGAACAAUUGAAUCGUACUCUUCUCUCGUUAUUUAUCAGUAGAACAUUAACUGAUAAUACAACUGGUUUAACAUAUUCAUUAUCAGAAGAUAAACAGUGGAAGUUUUACAUCGAAGUUCCUUAUACAGAUCAAUACAAAAUGACAAUCGAAGAGAAUUUUAAUCGAAUUUUGCCAAUAUUAUCUAUUAUUUCUCCAUACACUUUGGAGGAAAUCACUGAUAAUAGUUAUCAAUUAUAUAUUGGUGAACAGGAAGAACUCGUCGCACGAUUUCUCAAAGCGUAUGAGAAUGGAACGAUCAAUCGUCAACUAACUAUGACUCCAAUAGGCAUUGAACAACCAGUUGAUUUUGAGGAACUAAACAAUCAUGAUGAAUGUCGUCGUUUUAUUCAUGAAUGUAUCAGAAAGUACGCUUCUGAAUUACCACGAAACAAGAUUUCUGAACUAUCUUUUACAAAAUUUUUAUAUCGUCGGAUAAAAUUUUUCACCAGUCAUUAUUAUCGAUAUAAUAUGACAUUUGAAAAUCUCGGCUCAACUGCUCUAAAACAAAUGAUUCGAGAAGCUCGAUCACUUUCACAAAUCGAUUUUCGUCAUACAAAUUAUCCUCGUAUAUUCUUUGUUUAUGAUCCACAUUUUUCUUUAUAUUUAUUGCAUGAUGACUGGAACAAUGUUCCAAGAGAAAUCAAACAGCUAUUUAAUGAACGAAAUCCUUCGUUGAGACCUGAAUUUCAACAGAAAGAUUACUAUGCGAAAUGCUUAUCAUGGUUGAUUGAUAUUAAAUAUGAAGAUUUCAUUCAAAUAAUGAAUGAAACGAAGUUUAUUCUAACAGAAAACUUUGCGUAUAAAUUAUUCCAUGUUCAUGAAAGAAAGUUAACAAAACUAUCGUUAAUUAUUGAAGGUGAUACUGGUGUUGGAAAGACAUUUCUUUUGAAAUUCUACUCUUUAUUGUUAAAUGCAAAUAUACUCAAUGCUCCGGUGAAUAAUGAUACUGCACCACGAAUACGUGAAAGACUUAGUUUAUGGUUUAUGACAACAAUCCUUUCGGAAAUAUUAGAAGGGCAAACGAACUUGAUGAAUUCUUUUUUGGAAAAAAUCAAACCGAAACUGAUGGGUCUGGGCGAUAAUGAAAUUGCUGAUAACAAUGACGACGACGACGAAGAAGAAGAAGAAGAAGAAGAAAACAACCAACUGGUGCACAUGUACAGUCAUAGCCUUCAACUGAAUAGCGACGAUCUGGAAGACAAUUUGAAUGACGAAGAUCCUGACGAUCCUGUGCCGCAACCGGCUAAUGCUCUUUUGGUAGUCCCUCCGAUUGUACAACCAGGAGUAAUUGUCGAUCUUCCAUUAUUAGAGGAAAUAAAGAAGUCCUUACUAAACUAUGAAUAUAACAAUGAUAUGUUACGAUAUCUGUGGAAAACGCUUAUCACGAUUGCAAGUGAAAACGCUAUGAAUAUAGUACAAAGCUUAACUUUCGCUUUAUAUGAGCACGUCACAUCUCAAUUAUCUGCUUUGCCAUUAAUUGAACCAAGCUCCCGUCUUCAAAAAUUACUCAAUGAAGUUCGUUCACCAACAGCACACGUAUCCAUUGGAAUCCUCAAUGAAUAUCUGAUACACAGUCAAGUAAAAUCACUCUUCUAUCGUUUAUUAUUACAUCCUGGUGUGACCGAAGAACAACUCGAACAAUUUAUGUUCCCAAUCUGUCAAUUAGCACGCGAAUUAUCCGAUAUAGAGUUCGUCGUAUUCUUUGACGAGGUCAACACUGCAUCAUGUCUUGGUCUUUUCAAAGAAAUGUUUAUUGACCGGACAUUACACGGUAAAGAUCUACCAGAAAAUCUCUUUUUUACCGCUGCAAUCAAUCCAUCGGUUGAAGCAAGUCCUGAUUCUGGUAUUCAUCGGCGAGAUUAUCUUGUCCAUCAAUUGCCGCAAGCAUUGGAAAAUCUCAAAGUGUGUUAUGGACCAUUGGAACAAACAUCGUUGAGAAGUUAUAUUAAGAAAAAGAUUCAAAUACUUCACGGAAAUACCAACGCGAAUCAAAGAUUGGAAAUGCCUUUAGAAGAAUAUGCGCAAGAAAUGUUAUCGGAAUCAAUUUUGAAUGCACAAGAAUUUUGCGAAAAAUAUUUAGGAAAAAAUUCGGUUUCUCAGCGAGAAAUUCAACGCUGCUUCAAUUUAAUCGAUUUCUUUUGGAAGAUUCGAUUCGAUGACGAAGUGGAUAUAGCUGAUGAUGUGUACCAGCCAAAUCCUAUUCGAUGUAUUGCAUUGGCAUUAGCUUUAAUUUAUUAUUUUCGUCUUCCAACCAUCGAAGAUAAUGAACAACGGAAAAAUUACGAGACACCACCACGAGAACAACUUGCUG